AUGGCAGACUUUCUCGUUCCUGGCAGGAUAACACCACAUGACGACGCAGAACGGCGGCUCAAUGGUCCGAUCCACGCAGAGCGGCACGUCCGAAUCAUCUGCGUAGGAGCGGGGGCCUCGGGUCUCCUUCUGGCGUACAAGCUGCAGAGACACUUCGACAACUUCAGCUUGAUUGUGUAUGAGAAGAAUCCAGAGGUCUCUGGGACGUGGUGGGAGAACCGAUAUCCGGGAUGCGCCUGCGACGUCCCAGCUCACAAUUACACCUGGUCUUUCGAGCCGAAACUCGACUGGUCCGCUGUGUAUGCGAGCAGCAAAGAGAUCUUCAAUUACUUUGACAACUUUGCCCGAAAAUACCGCCUCAGGGACUAUGUCAAGACGCACCACCAAGUUACCGGCGCGUUCUGGAACCACCAAAAAGGGGGCUACGAUGUGCGCGUCCACAACAUAAGAGACGGCCAGGAAGUCAACGACCACUGCGACAUUCUGAUCAAUGCGUCGGGCAUCCUUAACAACUGGCGGUGGCCUGCGAUCCCUGGUCUCAAGGACUACAAGGGGACGUUGCUGCAUACUGCAAACUGGGACGACAAUGUCGAGCUUGAAGGGAAGCACGUUGGCCUCAUUGGCAAUGGCUCUUCCGGCAUCCAAGUCCUGCCCACAAUCCAGCCGAAAGUCAAGAAAGUCACAACCUUCAUCCGAGAGCCCACCUGGGUAUCUCCAGUCCAAGGCCUUGAGCAGCACGUCUUCACCGACCACGAAAAGGUCGAGUUCUCAUCCAAACCCGGCGUUCUGACCGACUAUCGCAAGUUCGUCGAGCGAGGCCUUAACGGCCAGUUCGGCAUCUUUCUAAAAGACAGCCAAACAAACAGCACCACCCACGCGUACAUGAAGUCGCAGAUGAUCUCCAAGCUACAGAACCCGUACCUCGAGGAGCGGCUGAUUCCGCAGUGGCACGUUGGUUGCCGCCGCUUAACGCCAGGCGUCGGUUACCUCGAGUCUCUGGGUAAGGAGAAUGUCGAAGUGGUGUACGGCGAGAUUGAGCGGAUUUCUGAACAUGGCUGUGUGUGCGACAAUGGGCAGGAGUAUCCGGUUGAUGUGCUUAUCUGUGCAACUGGUUUCGACACGACAUUCAAGCCGCGAUUUCCCAUUAUAGGGCCUGAUGGGAAGAACCUCCAGGACGAGUGGAAAGAUUCGCCGGAGUCGUACUUUGGUAUUGCUGCUGCGGGUUUUCCGAAUUAUCUCAUCUUCUUGGGCCCGAAUUGUCCGAUUGGCAAUGGCCCUGUGCUCUCCGCUAUCGAAUGCCAAGCAGACUAUAUGAUGAAGCUCAUCGACCGCUACCAGACCCACAACAUCCACACAUUCCACCCUAAACCCGAAGCCGUAAAGGAGUUCAUCGAGUUCAAAGACAGCUUCAUGAAGCAGACCGUCUGGGCAGAUCCGUGCCGGUCGUGGUACAAGAACGGUCCUACUGGUCCCAUCACUGCGCUCUGGCCUGGCAGCACACUUCACUACAUCGAAGCGCUGCAGGAGCUGCGGCUCGAGGACUGGGAGGUCAAGUAUGUUGGCAACCGGUAUGCAUGGCUGGGUAAUGGGUAUAGUCAGACGGAGCUCGAUCCCACUGCGGACUGGGCAUACUAUAUCAGGGAAACCGAUGAUGAUGAACCGAUUAGUAGGGGUAGGCGGAGGAAGCUGCUCACGAAGAGCGGGACAGUGAGCGCGCAGGCGGGCCUGAACUUUGCGGGGGACAUACAGGCUAAGAUAUAG